AUGAAUAUUAAUCAAUCUUUAUCUUCUUCUUUAUCUCGAUCACUAAAUGAUCCUGUACAUGAACAACAUAUUAUAAAAGAAGAAUCACAUUUAGAACGUAAUGUACCGGAAAGUUAUCAUCAUUCAUCUUAUGAAUAUAUAUCUUCGGGUAUUGGGGAAGGAAAUAUUAAUCAAUUGUCACCUUCAACGAAUCUUUCCUCUCAUCAACUAACAUCAUCUCCAUCACAGAAAUAUCCUAAUAAAUAUGUCACAUCAUCAUCUUAUAGUCCAACAUCUUAUCGAUAUCCGCCAACAUCGAUCAUUGAUGAAUCAACACAUACGAGUUAUUCAAACAAUCGAUCAACACAACAACAGCAACAACAACAACAACAACAACAACAACAACAACAACAGCAAUUAUUAACAAGUCCACAUUCAACAUUUGUUCCUCAACAUAAUAAUAAUAAUGCGAAUCGUCAUUCAUUACAUCCAACAACAUCAGAUGAUUCAGGAAACGAAUCACCUGCAAAUUAUCAACAACAUUUAACAAAUAAUACACAUUUUGUUGUUGUUGCUAUUGAUUUUGGUACUACAUUUAGUGGUUAUGCAUUUGCAUUUACACGAGAUAUUGACUCAAUUUUAAUGAUGCGUAAAGUCGACGGCAAUGAUCCCGGUGUAAUAAAUCAAAAAACGCCAACGACAAUACUUUUAACACCAAGCUUAGAAUUUCAUUCAUUUGGUUUUUUUGCACGAGAUUUUUUUCAUGAUCUUGAUCCAGAUGAAGCAAAACGAUGGCUUUAUUUUGAGAAAUUUAAAAUGCAUCUUCAUUAUAUACAAGAUCUUAAUACACAAACAUUAAUUGCAGCAAGUAAUGGUCGAAAAGUUCCAGCAUUAACGAUAUUUACAUAUGCAUUACAAUAUUUUAAAGAACAUGCUUUACGUGAACUUAGUGAUCAAUCUGGUACAAGAUUUGUUAAUGAAGAUGUUCGAUGGGUUAUUACAGUACCAGCUAUAUGGAAACAAUCAGCUAAACAAUUUAUGCGUGAAGCUGCCUAUCAAGCUGGUAUUGCAUCACGUGAAUUUCCUGAACAAUUACUUAUUGCUUUGGAGCCCGAAGCAGCAUCAAUUUAUAUACGUAAACUAAGAAUGCAUCAAUUUGUUCCUGAUGAAACUCCAACAUUUUCACGUAAUGCGGUAAGACGUGAACAUGGUAUAUUUUCAUCAUCAUUUUCUGAUCAAUCAUCACCAAUACUUCUUGAUCCUGAUAAAAUACCAGCUGAUCCAACAGAAUCUAAUUUAAGUAAUCAAACAUUUGAAUUAGUUCUUGAUCGUGGUACACGUUAUAUUGUUGUUGAUUGUGGUGGUGGGACAGUUGAUAUAACUGUACAUGAAUUAGACAAUAAAAUGGGUACAUUAAAAGAAUUAUAUAAAGCAACAGGUGGACCUUAUGGUUCAGUUGGUGUUGAUCAAGAAUUUGAAAAAUUAAUGAAUUCAAUAUUUGGUGUUGAAAUAAUGGAUGAAUUUAAAUUAAAACGACCAGCUGGUUAUGUAGAUUUAAUGAUUGCAUUUGAAGCACGAAAACGUACAGCGAGUCCAUUUAAAAAUAAUCCAUUAAAUAUAUCAUUACCAUUUUCAUUUAUUGAUUUUUAUAAGAAAAAAAAAGGUUCAACAGUUGAAUCAGCUAUACGUCGUUAUAAUGAUCCGGAUAUAAAAUGGUCAACGCAAGGAAUGAUGAGAUUAACACCAGAAGCUAUGAAACGUCUUUUUCAUCCAACAAUUGAAAAAAUUAAAGCAACUAUUGGAGAAGUAUUGAAUACUCCUGAUGUUAAAGGUAUUCAAUAUCUGUUUCUUGUUGGUGGUUUUGCUGAAUCACCAAUACUUCAACAUGAAAUUCGUCGAGCUUUUUCAUCUAUACUUAAAGUGAUUAUUCCUCAAGAUGUAUCAUUAACAAUUUUAAAAGGUGCUGUUUUAUUUGGUCUUGAUCCAACUAUAGUAAAUGUUCGUCGUUCACGUUUAACAUAUGGAGUUUCUGUACUUAAUCGUUUUAUACCAGAUUAUCAUCAAAUUGAAAAGAAAAUUGUUAAAGAUAACAUUGAAUGGUGUGCUGAUAUAUUUGAUAAAUUUGUUCUUGUUGAUCAAUCAAUUGGUCUUGGUGAUAUUGUUAUAAGAAAAUAUACACCAGCAAGACAUAAUCAAGCACAAUGUAUUAUUUCAUUCUAUUGUUCAGAAUCGGAUAAACCAAUUUAUGUAACUGAUCCGGGUGUAAGAAAAAUUGGUACACUUGUUCUUGAUAUGUUUUAUAAUGGAUAUUCUUUAUCAGAUUAUCAAAGUAUAUUAACAACUAAUAAAAAUCAAAGACGUGAAAUUCAAACACGAAUGGUUUUUGGUGAUACUGAAAUAAAAGUAAGCGCAUUGGAUGUUACAACAGGCAAAUGUGUUCGAGCUACAAUUGAUUUUUUAAAUAAAUAA